AUGGCAUCAAUCCUUACAAUCACCGCGGGAGUUGCCGCCGCCGCAUUUCUAGGACGCGCCGGCCUCGUAGCAUUUCGCAAAUCACGAGGAGAAGCCGUAGGAGCACUUGGGAAAGCUUUUUACAAGGGUGGAUUUGAACCGAAGAUGAAUCGCAGAGAAGCUGCGCUCAUUUUACAACUUAGCGAACGACAACUUACUAAAGAGCGCAUACGAAAGAAUCAUCGUACUCUGAUGAUGUUGAAUCAUCCGGAUCGGGGGGGCUCACCAUAUCUAGCUACCAAAGUGAACGAGGCAAAGGAGUUUUUGGAGAAAAAUGGUUGA